GGUUUAAGUGAGAGCUAGGGCUCUUGGAAUGGCGAUUGGCGAUGGCGCGAUCCGGUACAGCGUCCUGCUUCCCACGUACAACGAGCGUGAGAAUGUGGCCAUAAUCACCUAUCUCCUCUUCAAGGCGCUCCAGAAUGUCAGCUUUGAGAUUAUCGUGAUCGAUAAUGCGAGCCCUGAUGGAACUCAGGAUGUGGUGAGGCAGCUCCAGAAGGUUUACGGAGACGAUCGAAUUCUUUUGCGACCGCGACAUGCAAAGCUGGGCUUGGGAACGGCUUAUAUCCAUGGUCUCAAGUAUGCUUCUGGUGAAUUCGUGAUCAUAAUGGACGCCGAUCUAUCUCAUCACCCAAAGUACCUGCGGAGCUUCAUGAAGAAGCAAGAAGAAACAGGAGCAGACAUUGUCACGGGCUCCCGCUACAUUCCAGGGGGUGGUGUUCAUGGCUGGGAUUUCAAGCGCAAGCUCACGAGCAGAGGAGCCAACGUACUGGCACAGACACUUCUCUGGCCUCGCGUCUCCGAUUUGACUGGCUCUUUCAGACUGUACAAGAAACCAGUCCUGGAAGAUCUAGUAAAAGUUUGCGUGAGCAGAGGCUACGUCUUUCAAAUGGAGCUCAUCGUAAGAGCGUCGAGAAGCAACUAUCGCAUCGAAGAGGUGCCUAUUACUUUUGUGGAUAGAGUUUACGGCAUUUCAAAGCUGGGAGGAUCAGAGAUUGUUCAGUAUCUCAGAGGAUUGAUCCAUCUCUUGCUCACGACGUAAUGAAAGGAAAUUAUUUUUCGCUGA